AUGGCUUUUCUCGCGCAACUGGGUGCCUCGACCGAUGAACUGGUGGACGCCAUCGUUGGGAUUCCCGAAACCCGAGAUAUUUUUCGGGAGGCUGUUCUCCGUCUUCUUCGCAACCAUACCUAUCUUAGGACCAAUCAGUUUGAGGUCGAAGACAGACUCAAGGGCCUGGAGGAACGUUUCCGUGUCGUUGGAAGGGAUGCACUUGCAGAUGCUUUUCGUAAGCGACUCGAGGCACUGGAACCGCACCACAACAAAUUUACGCCUGAUGUCUUCCACUUUCUCCUCGAGCUCGCCGACCAGCCGGCUCAAAAGACUGACCUCACUGCGCUUGACGCGCUCAUUGAACCCGAGGAAAUACCCCCACCAAAGUUAACAUGGAAAGACAUUGCUAGAGAAGAUGGUUGGGUACAGGAACGAGACAUUUGGCUCUUCAACCGCCACGCCCCAGAUUCAAGUGACGACGAAGACGUCGCCGACCUCAGAACGGUCGCUUCCGUUGAAUCACUCACAUCAGCUUCCUCGGUAGACGACAGAGCACCACGCACAGCAUUGGACAGUGCGUUCAAACCCCAAGGAGAAGAGCUGCUGCAACAAGUCAGGGAAGCACUGUCAUGGCGAGACGCUUCAACAAAAAAUGGAGGAGAACAGCCUGAAAAAGUGACCAUAUCAACAUUGCAGUUGCUCCGAGAGGUGUUGUUUAUGCUUAGUGGCUUACCGACAACCUUUUUCGAUGCAGACUGUAGCCCAAGUCCGCUCUACCAGCUCCAGGGGAUUUCAACGGAAGCAUCAACCGCUCUCUUUAACUCCUUUGCUGAGUGCGGUCGUAAGCUCGCACCUUUACGAGCCUUUUCCAAAAGGAAAGCACAGUCGCCUCUCUUGCAGGUCUUUGAGAGUUCUCUACAAAAGGCCCUGACCUCGCUCGACGGUAAGUUGGCGAGAAUUCAAGGCAGAUAUGUUGCGAUUAAGGAGGAUGUGGUGGUGAGCUUGGUGGGCAUCUUGACCGAAGUGCAGCCGAUUCUGAAACCACUCUAUGCGCUCUCGGAUAUCAUCCGCCAGCUUCAGGAGGAAAGAAACACUCAUGGCUUCAGAUAUCUUGAGCUACUAUACGAUGCGGCGGGGAUGGCUCAGCUCCAAGCGCACCGGGACACCUACCAUCUUUUAGGUGGUUUAUUUCUCGACUGUUUUCAGGUCUAUCUCAAGCCAAUUCGCCUGUGGAUGGAAGAAGGAAGACUUCUGGCCGGGGACCGAACAUUCUUUGUGUCGGAGUCCUCUACCAAGCUUCCGUUGCCUCAUAUUUGGAAGGGACAGUUCAACUUGCUGCGCUCCCCAGAAGGCCACCUGCACGCACCGCGUUUUCUCAAACCUGCUAUCCACAGAAUAUUCACUGCGGGCAAAAGUAUUGUGGUGUUGAAAAACAUGAAGCGACAUGCGGCCGCCAGCAAAUACCGAGCAACAGACGAACCCAGGAUGGACUUUGCUACUGUUUGCCCAGACCACCUGGAGUUCGCCCCCUUUUCGGAGCUCUUCAGCGCCGCCUUUGAUGCUUGGAUCCAGAGCAAGCACCACACUGCAGCGGCCACUCUUCAAGAGCUACUCUACAACUCUUAUGGACUGCUCCAGAGUCUAGACAUGCUUGAAGAAGUAUACCUCAUGUCGGACGGCUCCAAAUCCGACGCCUUGGCCUCGGCUGUCUUCAGACACCUCGACAACUUUAGCAGCAGCUGGAAAGAUCGUUUUACGUUGACCGAGAUUGCUCAGGAGGCUUUCUCGGCAUCUAUCGACAACUAUCGCAUCUUUGCCGAAAUCGAUCCUCGUACCGUUGUUCACAGUGCCAUUGCUGGCCGGAGCUCUGUUCGAGUCAACCUCCCUGCUAUCCGUCUUGGGUGUCGUCUGAACUGGCCAGUGCAGGUUGUAGUCACAGAGGAGUCAAUACAGGGAUAUCAGACGAUAUUCACCUUUUUGCUGCAGGUCCGCAGAGCGAUACAUGUCUUGAAGCAUCCAGUCAAGAAUUUCCACCCCCGAGGAAGCCUCGCUGCGACGGGUCCAAUGGGGCAAUACUACAUGCUGCGAACGAAACUCCUCUGGUUCUGCGACGCCAUCCUUACCUACUUGACGACACUCGUGCUGGCUCCUAACACAGCAAAACUAAGAGCUAACUUGGGAGAUGCGGGGGAUGUGGACGACAUGAUCAAAGCCCAUGCCACCUUUGUGAACAGAAUCAUCCAUGAAGCAUGCCAUGGCGCCAAAUUGCAGCCUAUUCGGGACUGCAUGCUGGACAUUUUCGAUCUGGCUAUCAAGGUUGCGGACGCGCAGAAAGUAGAAAUGGCGAGGCUGGAGAAGGAGGAACAUGAGAUUACAAGGUUAUCGGUGAUCUCUUCUCCUUACACCUCACCAGUGAAAGCCAAGGCCAAAUGUGCGGCAGCAACACCGAAACCAAAGAGAAGAAAUGACGAAGACGAAGACUCGGACAAGGAAAACCAAGGUCUGGAGUGGAAAAUCAAACAGAGCGCAAAGGUUAACGAGGGGAAACCGCACCAUCUCUUGUUGAAGGAGUAUCAAGGUGAUUUUGAGAGACACCUGAGGUUCGUUGCUGGGGGGCUCAGGGGCGUGGCGAGGGCCAGCAAGGAACAGGCAGCCGUGAAGUGGGAUCUGCUGGCCGAGAUGUUGGAGGUUGGGAUCAAGGACUGA